ACGGAAUAGACAAACAAACAAAAAUAAAAACACACACUCUCUCUCUCUCUCUCUCUCUCUCUCUCUCUGUCAUUAUCUGUAAUUCUGUAUGCCAAUACAGAACUCUUCGUAUUCACAUUUGACAAAAAAAGUCUCUAUUUUCGGUGACCCAGAUCGGGUUCCGGCGAAUUACCAUUGAAUUCCGGCGACCCAUCUCAUGUUUUGAAAAACCCAUGUGUUUUCGUUGGAAUUUGAGUAGAAAAUGGUGUGACCCAUUGCUUGAAAUGAAUCCAACUGGAGGUAGUUGCUGUUCUUGUGUCUGUCAUCCGUGAAAAGAGAAGGGAAGUGAACUUUCUGGUAGAGAGUGAUUUGCUAAAUCUUGUAGUUUGUGGAGAGAUGGAGGAGUGAAAUGCAAAUCUGGUGUAUUUUUUUUAAAUGGGUACCUGUUUCAGUUGUGAAGGUGAAAACCCACCAAAGCAUUUUGUUCUUAAUAACCAGCCAGGAAAUGGCUCUUUGAUAUCUUCCACCAAAGCAAACUCCACACUUCCUGAAAAGCCUAGUACGUUGGAGUUGCAUGGAUUCAAAAGUGGAGGAAUCACUGCAUCGACUCCCAAAAAUGUGGGGGACCUCCGUCGGAAUCCUGGGUAUAGUAAUGUUGAUGUCUUUACGUAUGAGGAGAUGAGGUUGGCAACAAAGCACUUCCGGCCUGAUAAAGUGCUUGGUGAGGGUGGUUUCGGGAUAGUGUAUAAAGGAGUUAUAGAUGAGAGUGUGAGGCCAGGUUACAAGACAACAAAUGUUGCAAUUAAGGCGCUUGAUCCCGAAGGGUUUCAAGGAGACAAAGAGUGGCUGGCAGAAGUGAGCUAUUUGGGUCAGCUCAGUCACCCAAAUCUGGUAAAGCUCAUUGGUUACUGUUGUGAAGAUGAACACCGGCUGUUAGUCUAUGAAUAUAUGGCAUCUGGGAGCCUGGAAAAGCACCUUUUUCGAAGAGUUUGUGCUACUCUCACAUGGUCAAGAAGAAUGAAGAUUGCUUUAGACGCUGCAAGGGGGCUUGCUUUCCUUCAUCUUGCAGAAAGGCCUAUCAUAUAUCGGGACUUCAAGACGUCAAAUGUCUUGCUAGAUGCGGAUUUUAAUGCAAAGCUUUCUGACUUUGGGCUGGCUAAGGAUGGGCCUAUGGGAGACCAGACCCACGUAUCAACACGAGUCAUGGGCACUUAUGGUUAUGCAGCCCCAGAGUAUGUUAUGACUGGGCAUUUAACAGCUCGAAGUGAUGUUUAUGGUUUCGGGGUAGUGUUACUUGAGAUGCUGAUUGGAAGGAGAGCAAUGGACAAGAGCAGGCCUAGUCGUGAGCACAACUUGGUCGAGUGGGCCCGCCCGCUCUUGAUCCAUAACAAGAAGCUUCUGAGGAUUUUGGACCCUAGAGUGGAAGGACAAUACUCUACCAGAACUGCCCUAAAGGCGGCCCACUUAGCGUACCAAUGCCUUAGCCAAAACCCAAAAGGGAGGCCUGUUAUGAGCCAGGUGGUCGAAAUAUUGGAGACCCUUCAGACAAAAGAGGAAAGCCAAGAAGAUGCACUGUUAAGAAGUGGAGGGGGUGGCAGUAUAACACUAUAUGAAGCUCCAAAAGCUACAUCUGAGAGACGCCCGGUUAGAACUGAAAGUGAACGGGAAGCGGCUCGGGUGCCUGCAAUGAGCAUUCCGGCGAACGGAAGGAGCAAGAGUGAACCUCCGAAAGAGUGGGAUCUGUAUAGACAUUCCCCGGAUCUUGGACAAGAUGAGGAAGCACGUGAAUUUGAACGGAAAGUAUGAUGGCAGUUGGAUUGCCGGAGCUAUUCACCUGUGUAUUAUUCUCUUUUUUUCUAGUUUUUUUUUAUUUUUUUUAUGUGAAUUUGUUUUGACCCCCUAAACUAUUCCUUUUUUAUUGGAAGAAGUAUAGACGUUCAAGCAA